AACAACGAACAGCAGAGAGCGAGAAAGCAGCUGAACUCAGAAGAGGAAAAGUAGUGGAGAAAGGGAACUGAAGGAAAUAAAAAUACUGCAGAAUAAAAUAUACCUUCUCUACUUUGAAUAGUAUUCAAGCUUCAUCUGACAACAUCUGAAGAACAUUCUUUCAUCAUUAGUUGUUGCAGAAUUUUUAAAAUCUAAAUGGCAAGCAGCAGAGUCAUCGUCACCUCCAUUGUUGUGUUCUUGGCCUUCCUGGCCGUCAGUGAAGGGAUCAGUCUGAGGGGUCUGAAAAGUCUGGGAGUGGAGCUGCACUGUCGCUGCAUCCAGACAGAGAGCAAACCCAUCGGCCGCCACAUUGAGAAGGUGGAGCUGAUUCCUGCCAACUCCCACUGUGAGGAGACUGAGAUCAUUGCCACUCUGAAAAAGACAGGCAAAGAGGUUUGUCUCGACCCCGAGGCUCCCUGGGUGAAGAAAGUGAUCCAGAGGAUCAUGUCCAGCAGCUCAAGACGCUAAAGAGAUGUGAGAGACGGUACUUCAUGAGCAAGCUGUUUAUCAUCAAAUGAAAAGUACCAAACAGUGUUUUUUGACCAAAUGAUCAAGUUUUUACAUUCAUUUUGUUUUAAUAGCAAAGAAACACUGUCCUGAUCAACUCCUGAAAAUGACAACAGCAUUUAUUUAUCUGAUCAAGUUGUUUGUAUCAAACAUGCUAUUUAUUUACGUCCUUUCUUAUUUCUAUGUCACAUAUGUAUGUUGCAGCCAAGCAACUCUUUGCUGCUUGUGGACUUUUACAAACCGUACCACUCUUGUCUUAUUUAAAAUAUUUAUUUAUGUAUUUAUGAACAUUGUGUGUAUCUUAGUAUACAUAGUUGUGUUUUGGUGAUAUCCUGUUAACUGAUUAAAAUAUUAUCUUUAAACUGAAAAUGAAA